AUGACAGCCAUUUCGACUGCGUAUCAACAAUCCACGGUUCAGCCUCCCACGAGCCUUCCCUUCGAUGAGCGACAGGCGCCAGCUGUCAGGCUAUACCCGCUGAGCAACUACACCUUCGGCACCAAAGAAGGGCAGCCGGAGGAGGACCCGUCAGUAAAGGAACGUUUGCGGCGCUUGGAAGAGCACUAUGAGCAGCAUGGCAUGCGGCGGACCUGCGAAGCCGUGUUAGUCUGCCAUGAGCACAACCACCCUCACGUGCUCAUGCUGCAGAUUGCCAACGCCUUCUUCAAGCUACCUGGCGACUAUAUACCGCAUUCCAGUGACGAAAUCGAAGGCUUCAAAGCGCGCCUGAACGAACGUCUUGCACCUCCACCGACAAGCAGCCUCAGCACGCGCGACACGCCUGCAGAAGCGGACUGGAACGUGACCGACACUCUUGCAGUAUGGUGGCGGCCCAACUUCGAGACGUUCAUGUACCCGUACUUACCCGCACACGUCACGCGGCCGAAGGAGUGCAAAAAGCUGUACCUUAUCCAGCUACCGAAGAGCAAAGUGCUGAGCGUCCCUAAGAACAUGAAGCUCCUUGCCGUACCGCUUUUCGAGCUGUACGAUAACACGCAGAGGUAUGGACCACAGCUCAGCGGCAUCCCGCACUACCUGAGCCGGUAUAGAUGGGAGUUUGUGGAUGAAGAGGGGAACGUGGUGGCAUGGACACCAGGAGCGGCGGUGGAUGUCAGGGUCAAGACGAAGGUCUUGGCUGGUGACGGAAUGGAUGGCAUGGUUGAAUGAGUGGAGAGAAGCUGAAGACAGAUCUGAAGGAUAUUUCUUCACCGGCUUUGUGCACCACCAAAGCAUGCGAUAGUCGCCGGACGCGGUCCGAGGGUCUCAGACGGGCAGUAACGGGAACUCACAGCGUCACCGCAAGAUUCAUGCGGGCGCGCGGCCUGUCUUGCAAAUAAUGGCUUUUCUAUCAUGCACGGCCGAUCGAUGCAAGGCUGCUAGUGCGCCAGACUAUGAUUUCCGUGCCGACGCAGCA